CCCUUCACAACCGCAUCACAUCACCUUCCUCUAUCUUCGCAAGGUCGUAUUCGAAGAAACGCAGGAUGCCUCCCAAGAAAGAAGUCAAGCAGGAGAAGAUUCUGCUCGGACGGCCGGGCAACAGUCUAAAGAGCGGCAUCGUGGGCUUAGCGAACGUCGGCAAAUCCACACUCUUCCAAGCCAUCACAAAAUGCAAACUUGGAAACCCCGCGAACUUUCCCUAUGCCACCAUCGACCCCGAGGAGGCGCGGGUGAUUGUCCCCGACGAGAGAUUCGACUGGCUAUGUGAACAUUACAAGCCAAAGUCUCGAGUACCCGCCAACCUCACUGUCUACGACAUCGCAGGCUUGACGCGCGGUGCGUCCACCGGUGCUGGGUUAGGCAAUGCGUUCUUAUCACACAUCCGCGCCGUCGACGCCAUCUUCCAGGUGGUCCGAUGCUUCGACGAUGCGGAGAUCAUCCACGUCGAGGGUGACGUCGACCCGGUGCGAGAUCUGGAGAUCGUCUCCGAGGAGCUACGGAUCAAAGACAUCGAGUUCGUGGAGAAAGCCCACGAGAACCUCGUCAAGCAGACCCGCCGCGGCGGACAGUCCUUGGAGAUGAGGAAACUUAAGGAAGAGCAAGCCACCGUGGAGAAGGUUCUCGAGAUGCUUAAGGCGGGGAAGAAUGUUCGCCACGGAGACUGGGCUCCCAAGGAGGUCGAAACAAUCAACCCGCUUUUCCUUCUCACGGCCAAGCCUGUCGUCUACCUAGUCAAUCUGAGCGAGAAGGACUAUCUAAGGCAGAAGAACAAGCAUCUACCGAAGAUCGCCCAAUGGGUCAAGGAGCACGCGGAAGGGGAUCCGAUCAUCCCAAUUUCCGUCUGCUUCGAAGAUCGCCUCACGACAAUUUCCGACGAGGAGGCCGCUGAAGAAUGCAAGAAGCUGAACGUCAAGUCUGCUCUACCAAAGGUCAUCAUUACGAUGAGGAAAGCCUUGAAUUUGGGAAGUUUCUUCACGACUGGCACGGACGAAGUGCGACAAUGGACCAUCAGAAACGGCACCAAGGCCCCUCAGGCGGCCGGUGUCAUCCAUGGAGACUUCGAGAAGACGUUCAUUCAAGCCAUCGCGUACAACUACGACGCGUUACGAGAGGAGGGCGACGAGGCCACCGUGCGGGCGAAGGGGAAGAUCAUGACCAAAGGGAAGGACUACGUGGUCCAGGACGGCGACAUCCUGCUCAUCAAAGCCGGUGCGGCCAAAGCAUGAGGUUCUUGUUCGGAACCCGGUCGAGGAACAUUCCCGCAGGCGUGAGGUCGGCGCCGACAGCCGAUCGGUGGGCGGUCCACGGGUCGAGGUACUGGAUGAUUCUUCUUCAUGGUACGCGGACUCACGAUGGGCACGCAGCUUGUACGAAUAGAUGAUCUCAUGGAAAAUGAGGAAUGGAUUAGGCCCGGUAUAUACCGCGAGCAGAGUCUUCAAUGUCGUCUAACGCCACUGCGCCUAUGCUCUUGUGCCAUGUCUGAACCCCAACCAGCCACCCCCGUCGACGAACACUUUCUUGAAUACAACAACAUCGUAGCCGGUGUGAUUGAAUAGAUGAGAAUGGCCAGUUGAUCGCCAGGUGCGGAUGGCGCUCUUCGAACCGUUAGGGACCCC